CAGGUACGAUUCGAUUGAUGACCUCAUCAGGGAAGAAUGUUUUGCAGUCUUACAUGAGUUAAAGGGAUAGAAAGUGCAACAACCGUGGAAUAAAGGACUCGUGCUUUUGAGUAAUUCAAGAGGAGUACAUGCAUCACGAAGCCUUGAUUCUGGAAUGGUGUCCAGUCGAAGGAACAGUGGGAUUAUCCUACGGGAAGGGUCGGUUAGGGACUGGUCCGAGUUCAACAAUCCCUCGCCGUCCCCAAAACUGCUGUACUCACAGUCCUAUGUCGCAAUGAGGGGGUUGCUGGCCUCAGUGAUCUCCUUGGACUUUUUCCUGCUGUCGAGCAAGCUAAAAUCUGUGUGCGCGGCUAUGACUUCCCAGAGGCAUAGCCGAUCACAGGAGAGGUCAAAAUCAAAGGGGUUGACCUGCAGGAGAGUUGCAGUCCAUCUGCUGUUCUUUUUCAUGGUUGGCAUUUUCAUUGGGUUCAUGCCUUUGUUCUCUGUCGAUGUUUACAAGAAAAUAGUAUCCGAAAACGAGAGGCUUCCGUUCCAUGAUGGUGUGAUUGAGGUGGAAAUGAUGGGCACCAAAGUUAAGGAGUUGGAGACAGUUGUAGUAGAGAAAGAGGUCGAACUGAUUGACGAGCCUCAGGUUCAAGAGAGCCCUCCAGUUCCUGCAAUGUUGGAUGAUGAGGCAGAUUUUGCUGAAUCUUCACCUGCAUUACCUGCUAUUGAAGAAUCUGACAUUCCUGUGAAGAAGCUGCUGAUAAUCGUGACGAUCACUUCUGUUCGGCCACAACAGGCAUAUUACUUGAAUCGGCUAGCCCAUGUUUUGAAAGCUGUACAGGCACCUCUUUUAUGGUUGGUGGUGGAAUGGCCUGAACAGUCCUAUGAAACAGCAGAAAUUCUGAGGUCUUCUGGGGUUAUGUACAGGCAUCUUAUAUGUAGAAAGAAUACCACGAGUGUACGAAAGAUUGCUGUAUGUCAAAGGAAUAAUGCAAUCUAUCAUGUCAAAAGGCAUCACCUUGAUGGUAUAAUGCAUUUUGCUGAUGAAGAGCGGUCAUACUCAGCUGAUGUAUUUGAAGAAAUGCAGAAGAUCAGUGGAUUUCCUUUCCUAGCAUCACCACAUGUAAAACAGGGGAGAUUUAAGAUCCAACACAUCAGCGAAGUGGCGCCCUUGCUGACACAAGAAUACGUCCAGGUCUCGUAGAACACCUAACGCUGGUAAGUACUCCUAAUAUGCAAGUGGUUAUGCUGAUGUUGAUGAAUCGAUUGGUAUUUUGAGACUUGUAUUAUGUCUCCUUUGAGCAGGUUUUAGUUUCACCAGGAUUGUGCAGUGAUCUAGGGAUUGCGUAUUAGGAUAUUGAGGAUGGGAUUUUCACAAAUUGCUAUAGUCCAAUUAUUUUCUUCCCUUCUACCCUGAUACAUGCCAGAUCAUCUGUUAUAAUGGUGUUUGCUGCUGGAGGCACAUCCCGAUUCGUCGAUAGGGCUGAGUGCACCUGCCUCAUUCACAAGAUAAACGACGCUCCGCGUCAGCAUCCUCCCCGUUCGCGAUUGGCUCGAGCGGCACCGAUGGAGCGACGACUCUGUUUCCCAGAAGGCGAAAGGACGAUGAGAUCGACAGACGAUUCGUGCCGAUCGCACACCGGUAGGCGGUGGCGAGCCGCGUGAGAUCUCUCGCGUCCUCCCGGUUCUCAGGGACCACGACGUCCGCGCCGACGCGCACCUCUACAACGCGCUAAUGAAGGCGAACGUCGCGGCGGACGACCCCGGUGCCGUCCUCAGGGUGUUCCGGCAGGUUUCAGUUACUGGUACAUUCUUGGUGAAUAAAGAACAUGUGGAAAGUCACAGGUGGUCAUGUAUGUUUGGGGAUGUUGAAGUACCAGCUGAGGUUUUGACCGAUGGCACGCUACGCUGCUAUGCACCAGCACACCAAUCAGGAAGAGUUCCAUUUUAUGUGACCUGUUCAAACAUGGUGGCUUGUAGUGAAGUGCGAGAAUUUGAGUAUCGUGAUUCUGAAGCUCAUUACAUGGAGACUUCUCGUUCCCAAGCCAAUGGUGUAAAUGAAAUGCAUCUACACAUUCGUCUUGAGAAGCUACUCACUUUGGGGCCAGAUGACCAUCAAAUGCUUGCUAUAAAUUCCUUAAUGCUUGAUGGGAAAUGGUCAAAUCAAGAAUCUUCUGUCAAGGAAGUAGUUUCCACUGCUAGGGUCCAAAGUUUAAAGAAACUGGUGAAAGAGAAGCUGCAUCAAUGGCUCAUCUGCAAAGUAAACGAUGAUGGAAAGGGUCCCAAUGUUCUGUGCAAGGAAGGACAGGGUGUGAUUCAUUUAGUAGCAGCACUGGGUUAUGAUUGGGCUAUAAGACCGAUAAUAAUUGCUGGUGUCAAUGUGAACUUCCGGGAUGCUCAUGGAUGGACUACACUCCACUGGGUUGCGUCUUUGGGAAGAGAGCGGACAGUUAGUGUUCUCAUAGCAAAUGGACACAAGAUCCCGAUGCGGCAGUGGCGGACAGCAACGGGCGCUCAACGCCAUCGCGCCUCCUGCGAACCCAUGGUGAGAUGUGUGGUCUCGAUCUAGAGUCGAAGGACUUCCCCAACACCCUUUCCUCCAUCGGCGCGACAUCGGCCAGCUCAUCUGCGACGAUGAGGCAUCUUCGACCGACUUCCCAACACCCCAUCCUCCAUCAAUGCGGCUCCAGUACCCCUUCCUCCAUCGGCGCGACAGCAUCCAGUUCAUAUUGAAUUUCCUCUCAAUUGUUUUUAACUUUCUAAUUUAUUAAUCGCUGGUGUUAGAACAGGUAGGUGGCGGCUAAGAAAAAUGAAGAUGGUGGCAGCUAAGAAACUCUAAAGCCACUUCUGAUUCACAUAUGAUGCGACCACAGAAAUUGAAGAUGUCGUGACCUGGGAAUAGAUUCGGCAGAAGUGGAUUAUUUGCAUGCUCAAUCUAUGUUCAUUGCUGAAGUUACCUUUCAAAUUCAAAUUCUCGGGUAGAGCCACCUUUAAUUGUGAUGUACAGAGAUAUCAGUAUCAUUAUCUAAAAUAUUAUCACAGAACUGAGGAAGGAGAAAAAAGGUGCUAUCUUUUCUUUUUUUCUUUUUAUCUCGUGCUAUCUAUGAAUUAAUGAGAAGAACAAUUAGUACAUCAUGAAGAUAUUAAUGAAAUGCAUGUGAUAUCUCAGUCGAAUAACAAGGGAAAGGACUGUUUUUUCUAAAUAAAGUAUAGCAAACCAGCACAACUAUUAACUUGUCCAAAGAAAAAAAUCAUAAAUCCAAAAAAAGUGUCACGUUUAGGAUGUCCAUUUGAACACCUCAUUUGAGAUAAUCCUUGUGUGAGCCCAAGAGGUCCCGCCGGUCCCACUCGCACCACGACGGCUCCGACGGACGCUGAUGGGAGGCUCUCAUCCAUCACCUACCUUUCCUCGACAUGGAUCCACAGGUCUAGACUGUAAAAGAGUAAACUGGACUGGAAUUUUACAUUCUAGGUGAUACAAUUUACUUUUAUUGGAUCUACUAGGAGAAUUUCAUAUAGGACUUGUAAAAUGUUUGGUUGUUUGUGUCUUUGUUUCCCUCAUUAUGAUCUGCUAAAACAAUGAGAUAUUCUGUUCUUGUAGACACUUAUGCUAAAAUGCCUCUAUGUUUCUGACUCUGAACAUGUCCAGAGUGCAUCACCUUGUCUAUUCAGUAUAAAGGGACAAUGCAGUUCUUACCCUUUCGUUGUGUUACUCAGGUGGAGCAUCUUCAAACAAGAACAACCGGGUACGGUUCCUCAAAUCCUCUGUUUGGUGGAGCAUCUUCAAACAAGAACAACCGGGGAUGCUUCUAGCUCUGGUACUCUUUUUUGAUAACAGGAAGUUCAAGGAUGUGAAUUUUCCACCAGCUAUGUCUCCCCCAAAACGGUGGGAUCAUGUGUGGUAUGCUCUAACAGGGUAUGGUAUUGGCUUGGUAGCUGCACUAGAUGCUGGGAUCUUGUCUUAGUCUCCUCAACAGCCUUACUGUACCUGUUUGAUGAGGAAGUACUACUACUAUUACAAUUGAUGCUUCAGUUCUACGACUUCUUUCAAACCAAGCGUCCACACAUAUCUUGAGCAUUCUCACUGGGCUUCUGUCCUUCAUGAUGGACGAUGCACUGACAACUGGAAGCAUCAAGACAUCAGAUGCAGAAAAGAGGCGUUUAGCAAAAGCUUCCCUUGCCUACAAUUGUGAGAGCAAAAACUGUCCGCACUUCAGGAAACUUUUCCCAGAGUAUGUUGAGAAGUACAAUCAACAGCUACAAUUGGAGAACACUGCUGCAGAGCCGGUGCCUCAGGAGAAUCCUGCACCUGCUCCAUCCCCUGCUGCCCAGCAAGCCCCGACCGUGGCCAAUAGGGCACAACCACUGGCGGAGGCGCGCCGUGACAAGAACCAGAAGAAGGCGGUGCCCUUCUGGAUGGUGCUGGUCAUGUUUUCAGUUUUCGGGGCUGUGAUGGCGUUGCCCCUAAUGCAACUUUGACAAUAAUAAAGACAAUAAGAACGUGUGAUGCUAGGGCCGUAAUUUUGUAUAGUUUUCUAUUGGUUUGUCUGAGUGACUCAGUUGGUCCCCUAGACUACCUACCACCUCGGAGUCGUAUUGAUGAACCUGUGAUGGUAUAUCUGAAGAACUUUUGUUCUCAGUUCUCA